AUGUCGCCCCCUUUUCCCUCACACGCCCUGGCAAACGUCGCCGCUGUGGCCGCGGCCGUCGCCGGAGCGGCGGCGCUGACCUGGGGUGUCUUAUGCUGGCAUCGACACCAGCAGGGACAUGAGGGCACUGGUACCCCAACUGGGACGUGGACCAUUCAGCAGGUGGCGGCAUGGCUUCGUGAGAACGGCGUCAGCAAGUCCUCCGUGGCUGUGUGUUGCCGCUACAAAGUGGAUGGCGACACACUGAUGCGGCUGACGGCGCAUGAUCUCUAUCACAUGGGCGUGCCGUUGCGCGACUCACGAGUGAUUCUCGCAGCUGUGGAGGACGUAAAGGGCAGCCUAGUUCUUCUUUCCUCUGCAUCACCGCGCUCGGUCUUGCGCCGGCAGUCAAGCCUUUCCCCGCGAACUGCCCAGGUAACUGUCCCCUCGGCGGCCGAGCAGUUUGAGGCCGCCUGGCGGGCACUGAUGCGAACCUGUGCGCUGCCGGCAAGCGGCACAUCACCAGCCGAGCAGCAGCAGCGCUUGGCGGUGUACACUGGUACCCUUUUAGAGAGCUUUCAGGUGCUGACGGCUAGCGAGCAGGCCGCGGCGCUGUCGCUUGUGGCCGAGGCGGAGAAAGUGCAUGUCAUCCCCCCUGCCAUCGUGUCGCAGGAAGCUCAGCCCGGACCGGCAGACACUGAGGCCCCUGUGGAUGCGUCGUUCCCCGUGCAGGCGGUGGAAGAGAAGCUAAGGCCGUUGCAUGGUAUGCUGGACGGGUUUCUAGACUUUCUGCGCUCUCCGGACCUCGACGCGGUUGCGCCAGCCGAAUUUGAGGAGUUGGGCGAUCGAGUCGCGGCGCAGGUGAAGCGGAUUUUGCGAGUUGCGGAACAGUUGCCGCCGAAGCUCAGCGGCCCUCUCCUCCGCAAGUGCGACGGCGUUUUCGAGGCCCUCUCCAGCCGCCAACGGACCGCGCUUGGCGCCUCUGGCGGGGAGGCAGCCGGCAAGGCAAAGCUAAUGCAGGCCCUCCGCGGUGUGCUUUCCACUGUGGAGGACCCAAAGCUGCGCGAGUUGCCUGUUGCACAGCGCGUGCAGGCUCUGUCGUCGUUGGCCAAGCGAGCGGAGGCUAUCGAGGCUGUUGCAGCCGGCUCCGUGUCAGGCGUGCCGAAGGAUGUGGAGGUGCUCAAUAUGGUGCAGCCGCUGCUUCGCAUUAUUCAGGAGGCGAUUUGUCUCAGCGAGCGGGAGGCUGAAGCCGAUGAGGAGGACAGGGAAGGGCAGGCGCCUGCCGCCGAGGACGCGGAUGCUGCAGACGGGCCGAUUCCUGUAAUCGUCGGGACUGUGCAGGACAUUCAGGACACCCUUCAGUCAGAGGCAUUCCAGCACGCGCCGUCGGCGGUAAAGGUGGAGUUGUGCACCACUUUGCUGCAGCGAGUUGCGGCGCUGGAGGAUAAGCUGGUCGAAGUGCCGGCGCCCGCGCAGGCUAUGGUGCGAGAUCUUCUAUUGAACACAAAGAACGUACUCGCCGUCGUGAUUGCCGCGACUAAGACCGAGGGGGACGAUGGCGGCGAGGGCCCCCCGGCGGACGAUGAGAAGCCUGAGACGGAGCAGGAUGGUGACGGCGACGCCGAGGCAGCCCAGGCGGAGGGUGAGAAGCGAGAGACGCAGAGCUCUGACACAAGCAUCGAUGCGCACGUGGCACAGUUGGAGAAGAUCUUCGACUUCCUGACCUCCGACGAGCUGGAUCAGGCCACGAUGGAGGAGAGGAAAAAGGUAGCGGUGAAGCUGCGGCAGCGGGUGGAGGCGAUCAAGGCAGAUGUGGCAGCGCGCGACCCCCAGUGCACACUCGUCACGGAGCUCAUCGCCCCUCUUCAGAAUUUGCUGUCCGAAAUGGGUAGCAAUCACGCCGCGUCCCGUGAGUUCCUCGAGAUUACUGCCCCUCUUAGUGACGUGCGACGUCUUUUGACCAGCACGUCAUUCCAGCAGCUGCCUCACGCCGGGAAGAUACGUAUUGCCCGCAAUGUUGUGCCACAACUACAUCAGCUCACCUCUGCCUUCUCCUCCUUGUCGAAAUCUGAGCGUGCGACCGCAGAGGAGCUGCUUCGCCCCAUCAACGAGGUGUUGUUGCACCUGAUGCAUCCCCGCGGCGCUGCUACGGGGUCAGCACAGGAAGUGCUUGAUCGUCUUCAAGCGGUGAUGCGCACCAUCCAAGGCGCCGAGUUCACCACCAUGUCGCCAACGGAAAGGAGCGCCUGGGCCACCAACACCGUCACGGAUCUGGGCCGGCUUCGGGCCGAUUGUGCGGCACUCGGUGCUGAGGGAGAAGCAUUACUUCCUAUCAUCGAGCGCCUUCGAAGCCAACUGACCGGGUUGCUGCCCGAGCACGCAAAUGCCGGAGGAGGCGAAGGCCGUGAUGAUUCCGGCGACGCCGAAUGCAGCGGCGAGACUCAGCGGGAGCAGGAAGAGGAUGCGGCACACCUUGUCUGGGCUGCAGCGCGUGACAUGCACGCUGAAUUGCUGGCGGCUGAGCGGACAGCGACGCCAGUGCCGCCGGAGCGGCUGCAGAGAAUGCUCCACGUGAUGGGAGAGGCAGCUGAGCUGCCGGGCAUGUCAACGCAACAAGAGGCGGAGCUGCAGCAGUUCGGCAGUCUCCUGCGUCGCCACGUGGAGGGCGUGGGCGGCAAGGUUAACAACGGCAGCACCAGCGCUAGAGUUGACGGCGCGGAGCAGGACUUCGAUGAAGCCACGGCGGCGCUGCACGCUUUCCGCAGAUCCCUGCAGGUGUUGAUGGAUGCGGUGCAAGGUGAGAACGCUGCGACGGCGACGGAGUUGUCGGUGGUGGCGAGCAAAACAGAGGAACUGCUCGCAAGCGCUGAUGCGGCUAAGAUAAACUGGCGCGCUGACUCGUGGUGCACUGGCGCGGUGCGGAGCAUUUCGGAGACCCUGCAGCACUUGCGCGGCAGCGGGGGCGGCGCGAGCCGUGCCAAGGUGCCAAGCAAAGUGGAGGCGGUGCUCCAAUCAUCUAUCGCGGCUCUCAUCGCAAAACCGCCGACCAGCAUGGAGGACUUCGAGCCGUACCUGCGUUUGCUGCAGCUGGCCCAGCCAUCGGCCGAACAGAUGACGAACAGGGAGCUGAUGCUGCUCAAGAGCCUCCAGGAGUCGGUGAUAGAGGCCAUGCGGCGCAUCCCAGAUCAGCCGCGUCAAAAUGGCGAAAGGAACAGGCAGGGAACCGACGACGAGGGGGCGGGCAGUGCCCAGGCAGUAUUGGGCGUGCCGCAGAAGAUGUCGCACAAACGGCGCGAAGGCUCCUCCUUGGCGGAGCAGCUGGACGACUCCGAGAAUGUCCAGCAGGAUCUGGAGCGCCUUCUGGCCGGCGAGAGGGUGACAGUGGAGGAUGCCAUUGAAGCGCUACGGGAGCAGAUUUGCCUGCAGCCCGGUGCACUCGACCGUGGCAAGGCUGGCGACGAGGAAGAGGUCGAGCGGGCCGGGAACGAAGAAGACGACGCCUGCGUGUCACAGUCGGAGGCGCAACGCGCUGACAAACAAACCCCAGAUCCACUGCAGCCGGAGAGAACGGAUGCCUUUAACGAGGACGACGACGACGGCGUUGGCAGCAGCGGUGCCGCAGCCAUGUCUGGCCCCUCGUCUGGCUCUGCGCGACACAUCGGGUACGACGACGAGUUUGACGGCGAGGACAAGACGCACAGCAGCACCAGCGCCGCAUGA